AUGUUUCAGCUUCACGUCCUGUGCUUUGAAAGCCUUAAUGACAAAGAUGAAAUCGUUUCCAUGCAUUGCUUCCAGUUUCAAGCAUUCAUUCGUGAGAAAGAAACAAAGGAGGGUUUGAGAAAAAAAGGAGAAAAGUUGGAGAAGAAAGAUCACUUGGAUUACAAGAUACCUAAUUUCUUUGAUUUGGGGAUCGUCAUCAAUAUCGACAAAAAACUCAGAGUGAAUCUCCUCAGAAAUUCCAUAGUGCUUUUUGGAUUGACUCUCUUUUUGGAUUGCAGAACCCAUCAGAAAGUUUUGCACAGACUUACGAGGAUGAGAAUCUGCGGCUUGAUCUUUGCGGUCCGACAUGGAAAGUGGAGAUUGGAUCAAGAAUCUGUGAAUCUAAUGGAGAUUGGAUCUGGGCAUUAUAGGUUCUCACAUUACAGAAGACGAUGCAAAAUUAGAGCUCCAUGUUGUGAUGGACUUUUCGAUUGUUGA